AUGGACCCGCAAGCUCCAGCUCCGACUUCGGUGCAGCGAGGACAGUCUCUUCUCGCGGUGCUCGGUCCCCUGCCGUCGGCCGGCGCCCUCGGCUCCCCGGAGGAGAAACGCUUCGCCGCUAGAGCGGCGCGGCCUGCCACUUGUACGAGAGCAAGAGAAACGCUUGCGUUCCUGUCCGACAGAAAUAAAAAUCAGAAAAUGAAUAAAACGCAAAAGGACAGAAAAUCUAAAAAGUCAACCUGGAAGUUCUGCCUUGACUUGACCCAUCCUGUGGAAGAUGGAAUUUUUGAUUCUGGGAAUUUUGAACAGUUCCUAAAGGAGAAGGUUAAGGUCAAUGGAAAAACUGGAAACUUGGGCAACACAGUUCACAUUGAACGUCUGAAGAACAAGAUCACAGUGACAUCCGAGAAACAAUUUUCUAAAAGGUACCUAAAAUACCUCACAAAGAAGUACCUCAAGAAGAACAAUCUGCGUGACUGGCUUCGUGUCGUCGCAUCUGACAAGGAGACAUACGAACUACGCUACUUCCAAAUCAGUCAAGAUGAAGAAGGAUCAGAGUCUGAGGAAUAAUUGAAGCUUAGCUUUAUACUCAAUACAGUGUACAAAAGACUAGAACAUCUAUUUAUAAGAACACUUAACUUAUUGGUGAAUAAAGAUUUUGUACCCUGUUUAACAGAGC